CGCAGAGUUAUGUCAUGCCCAGACCACCAAAGGGCUCCAUGAGGAUUUAUAGAAGAUGCCCCGUGUCUUGGCGCCUCUGGUGCUCCUUCUGCUGUGGCUAAUGAAGAGCGCUGCCAUCCCCCAUUCCCUGAGGAUCGCUGCCGUUCUGGAUGACCCAAUGGAGUGCAGCAGAGGGGAGAGGCUGUCCAUUACCCUGGCGAAGAACCGCAUCAACCGCGCGCCGGAGAGAGCGGGCAAAGCCAAAGUGGAGGUGGACAUCUUUGAGCUGCUGCGAGACAGCGAAUAUGAGACAGCGGAAACCAUGUGCCAGAUCCUUCCGAAAGGGGUGGUAGGCGUCCUAGGACCUUCGUCAAGUCCGGCUUCGAGCUCUAUCAUCAGCAAUAUCUGUGGAGAGAAAGAGGUUCCUCACUUCAAAGUGGCGCCAGAGGAGUUCCUCAAGCUGCAGUUCCAGCGGUUCACCACGCUGAAUCUCCACCCCAGCAACACCGACAUAAGUGUAGCCGUGGCAGGAAUCCUGAAUUUCUUUAACUGCACCACUGCCUGCCUCAUCUGUGCCAAAGCUGAAUGCCUUUUAAACCUAGAGAAGUUGCUUCGACAGUUCCUCAUUUCCAAGGAUACUCUCUCAGUCCGGAUGCUAGAUGACAGCCGGGACCCCACCCCCCUCCUAAAAGAGAUCAGAGAUGACAAAACAGCUACCAUCAUUGUGCAUGCCAACGCCUCCAUGUCUCAUACCAUUCUGCAGAAGGCAGCUGAACUGGGAAUGGCGUCUGCCUAUUACACGUAUAUCUUCACUAAUCUGGAGUUUUCACUCCAGCGAUUGGAUGGCCUACUGGAUGACCGAGUCAAUAUCCUGGGAUUUUCCAUUUUCAACCAGUCUCACGCAUUCUUCCAAGAGUUUGUCCAGAGCCUCAACCAGUCCUGGCAGGAGAACUGCGAUCACGCUCCUUUUACUGGACCAGCGCUCUCUUCAGCCUUGCUGUUUGAUGCUGUUUAUGCUGUGGUGACUGCUGUGCAGGAGCUGAACCGGAGCCAGGAGAUUGGUGUGAAGCCCCUGUCCUGUGGAUCAGCCCAGAUCUGGCAGCAUGGCACCAGCCUGAUGAACUACCUGAGAAUGGUAGAAUUGGAAGGUCUCACCGGCCACAUCGAAUUCAACAGCAAAGGUCAGCGAUCCAACUACGCCUUGAAAAUCCUGCAGUACACGCGCAACGGCUUCCGGCAGAUUGGCCACUGGCAUGUUUCUGAAGGGCUCAGCAUGGACAACAGAAUCUUCUCCUCCAACAUAUCAGACAGUCUGUUCAAUACCACCCUCAUUGUCACAACCAUCCUGGAAAACCCUUACUUAAUGCUGAAGUGGAACCAUCAGGAGCUGGAAGGCAAUGACCGCUACGAGGGCUUCUGCGUGGACAUGCUGAAGGAGCUGGCAGAGAUCCUGCGUUUCAACUAUAAGAUCCACCUCGUUGGUGAUGGAGUGUAUGGAGUCCCCGAGGCGAACGGCACAUGGACAGGGAUGGUCGGGGAGCUGAUUGCUCGGAAAGCCGAUUUGGCAGUGGCUGGGCUGACGAUUACUGCUGAGCGGGAGAAGGUGAUUGAUUUCUCUAAGCCGUUCAUGACUCUGGGAAUUAGCAUUCUCUACCGAGUUCAUAUGGGCCGCAAACCUGGCUACUUCUCUUUCCUGGAUCCCUUUUCCCCUGGCGUUUGGCUCUUCAUGUUGCUUGCCUACCUGGCUGUCAGCUGUGUCCUCUUCUUGGUUGCUCGAUUGACACCGUAUGAGUGGUACAGCCCCCACCCCUGCUCACAAGGAAGAUGCAAUCUUCUCGUGAAUCAGUACUCUCUCGGCAACAGCUUGUGGUUUCCAGUUGGAGGAUUCAUGCAGCAGGGCUCUACCAUUGCGCCCCAAGCAUUGUCCACGCGCUGUGUCAGUGGAGUCUGGUGGGCAUUCACCUUGAUCAUCAUCUCCUCCUACACAGCCAAUUUGGCAGCCUUCCUGACCGUGCAACGGAUGGACGUCCCUAUCGAAUCCGUGGAUGACCUGGCUGACCAGACAGCGAUCGAGUAUGGCACCAUUCACGGAGGCUCCAGCAUGACCUUCUUCCAAAAUUCCCGCUAUCAGACAUACCAGCGGAUGUGGAAUUACAUGUACUCCAAGCAGCCAAGCGUGUUUGUGAAGAGCACGGAGGAAGGGAUUGCACGGGUGCUGAACUCCAAUUACGCCUUCCUGCUGGAGUCCACCAUGAACGAGUAUUAUCGUCAGCGCAAUUGCAACCUCACGCAGGUCGGGGGCCUUCUGGACACCAAGGGCUACGGGAUUGGCAUGCCCGUCGGCUCUGUGUUUCGUGACGAGUUUGACCUGGCUAUUCUCCAGUUGCAAGAGAACAACCGCCUGGAAAUCCUGAAGCGGAAGUGGUGGGAAGGAGGCAAGUGCCCCAAAGAGGAAGACCACAGAGCCAAAGGCCUGGGAAUGGAGAAUAUUGGCGGAAUCUUCGUGGUUCUCAUCUGUGGCUUAAUCGUAGCAAUUUUUAUGGCAAUGCUGGAAUUUUUGUGGAGCCUUCGGCACUCUGAGCAGUCAGAGGUGUCAGUGUGUCAAGAGAUGGUGACAGAGCUGCGCAACAUCAUUCUCUGCAAGGACAGUUUCCACCCUCGUCGGAGGCGAGGGGGAAUGAUACGGACUCGCCCCGUUAUCCCCGAGGAACGCCGAGCCCGCAGCACAACCACUCUCAGCAACGGGAAACUGUGCAGUGGGGGAGAGCCAGAUGCUUUGGCACAAAGACUCGCGCAGGAAGCUGCCCUAGUAGCCCGAGGGUGCACGCACAUCCGUGUGUGUCCUGAGUGCCGCAGGUUUCAGGGCCUCCGGGCACGGCAGACUCCGGGCUCGCCUGCACAGAGCGAAGAGAGCUUGGAGUGGGAGAAGACCACUAAUAGCAGCGAACCUGAGUAAAGCUGGGGCAGGGGGAUUGGGGUGGGCCAAGAGGGUCCUGUUCCAUUUUACAGAACAUGGACUUGUACAAUGUCAAACUUGUUUUUAAACUAAGAGCAGUUACCCAGCUUCUCCAGAGCAAACAAACCUUUGGGCUCACAAACAGGCCUGGCCAGAGCGUUGGGUUUGCUACUCAUGUCUGAGAGAACGCACGUCCCGCUGAGUUGUGACACACCAGGAGGAAGGUCCUCUGGCUGGCCUGUCUUCAGCAGUUUUCUCCCUACUACCUUGCAACUCCAAGGUGGGAAGGAGGGAUAUAAUGGGUAAUUCAUGUACCACAUAUUGCCCACCCAGGGGCAAGAGUUGUUCCUGGAACUUCUCCAUCCCAGGCCAGGAGAAAGGAUGCUAGUGCUAUCUUUUCCGAUUACAUAGACUUACAAGGGGAUGUUCGCAAAGGGCGGGGGAGGGUAUUUUUAUUUGAGGAGGAUAAGGGAUGGGAAGGGAGGAGUAAUUAUUUUAUUUUAUUUUAUUUUGGGUACUUCAGGACCUAGUCUCCCAUGCACCAGGUUUCAGGUGCUAAACUCUCCUUCCUUUAUGGCAGGUUGGCAGGUAGAAUGAGGAAGGAAGGAAUGGGACAUGCUCCCAGUGAGAAACAGCAUAUAAUGAAAGUCUAUUUGAGGAGUUGUUAAAAUACAUAUACAUAUAUAUAUAUUCAUAGAUAUAUAUAUACAGAUGCCAAAAACCAACCAACAAACACAGUGAACUCAAAGAGGCCUUGAAACGCCUGGAAUUUCAGGGGUUCUGUGUCUUCUUUUUUGCUUUGUUUUGGGGUUAUUCUUUGCUUAUUUCUUUUCUAGUUUUGGGGGUAUGGGUGGGGGAGUCUUUUGUGGAAGGCAAAACGGGAGCAGGAGAGAGCAGCUGGUGCUGUGGGUUUCCACAUACUCUCUGGGCAAUGCUGCCCUUUCCCACCAGCGGAGGGAGGUGGUAUUUACUGCCCACUGUCACUUCCAAAAGUUUUAGAAACCCGUGCUCUGCACGUGCCCAAACCAAGUGACUGAGCUCUGCUCCAGGCUCAAGAGCUCCCCGUGUCUGUGACCCAUGGAGCAUCCUCGGCUCUGAGGGUGUCUUGCUACCCAUGCCUAGCAGUAAAGAUGUCACACAGCACUUGAGAAAACCAUCAGUCUGGGAUCUUGUGUGAGGAAAAUAUUUACUUCCCUAGCAACAGCAGCAGCUCACCCUCUGCUUGGUACAGACAUGGGUUUUACAUUGAUGAGUUUAAUUUUCUGAUUGAAAAACAAAUUCUAUGCAAUUUCUGAUUGUAAAAGGAAAGAGAUGAAAAUGGAGAGGGGCGGGGGAGAUAAACGCAAGCCUUGAGUGAAGGUACAUC